AGGCAAUGAUGAAAUGAAGGAGCAGGCUCCAGCACAAAGCAAUAGGUUCCGUGAACGUCAAAGUCGAGGGAGAAUUGACUUUGGAGAAAAUGCAGCGUUCUACAAAGAGAUUAUUGAUAACAAUCUCUUUCGUCCCCUUGGGUGGACACCUCCGAAUAACGAACCUGCCUAUAGUUUAAUCGGUACUGCCGUUGGCGCAGAUGGCGGCCUGUCGCAGGCGACGCUGCUCGAGAAAAGAUCUAACCGGUAUCACUUUGUGACGAUAGGGACAAAACUCGGCGAUAUGACAGUAAAAGACAUUCAAGCCAAACAGGUAACCUUAGACAAAGCCGGAAAACCAAUCGCACUGAAGGCAGGGGAACUACAGUUUCUGACGACCAGUCGAGGCCACGAUGGCAGCAGAGGUGAAGCACGUGGUGAAGGUGGCUCCGAAAAAGAGAGCAAUAACAACGCUGGGCAAAACCGAGGCAAACAGACGGAUGAUGCAAAGCAGAAACAAAUGGAGCAGCAAAAGCAAGCUGCACAGAUGAUGGAAAAAAUGAAGGGCGCUUCAGAAGAAGAACGGCGAGAGAUAAUGCAGCAAAUGCGGAGAGGACGUACAGAACGCGGUGGUAGAAGGGGUCGGAAUCGCGAUCGGUAG